AUGCCUAUCAAAAAAGAACCCGCGGAGAUGACCACCUUCGAAAGAAGGCGGUUGGAGAAUAUCGCCGCCAACAAAGCGUUACUGACGGAUAUCGCGGCUACCGCUAAAAAUGUCAUACCAGAUAAACCAGCACCAAGAGCGCCUCCUAAGAAGAGGCCGCGGGCGGAGCCGGUAAAGAGGGAACCGGCCAGGCCGACUCGUAUGAGCUCUCGCCUGGCAGGCAUCGGCGCGGACAAUGAGACGCUGAAGCGGAAGCUGGAGGUGGAGGCGGAGUUCGAGGCCAGCAAGACGCAAGCGAAGAAGAUGAGAAUUGGGGAUGACCUCAGCCUCGGCGAUAUCGUGGUUGACGGCAAAAAAUACGGCAGCAGCGUUGCCGGGAUCACCGGCAUCUUCCGCGGCGCAGAACCCGGCGUGCGAACCUUUUCUGAGGACGACAUCAAAGAAACUACAGAUUCAGGAUUGAAGGAACUGCGUCUGCGAAUGAGCUCGCUCAAAUUAUACGAGCAUUGGGCUCCGAACGACAUCAAAAUUACACCCCAGCGUGUCUAUGCGCUCGGCUUUCACCCCAUUGAGGAUAAACCUAUUGUUUUUGCCGGCGAUAAAGAAGGCGCAAUGGGGGUUUUCGAUGGAUCCCAGACAGCGCCGGAAGCAGACGACGAGGAGGAAGAUGUUGAGGAUCCAGUUAUUUCCGCGUUCAAGACGCAUACGAGAACUAUUACAUCAUUCGUCUUUUCGCAUACAGACGACAAUGCCGUAUUCUCGUCGUCCUACGACUCGUCUAUACGGAAAAUGGACCUCGAAAAAGGCGUUUCAACCCAGAUCUUUGCUCCAAAGGAUCCCCACGACGAUAUGCCAAUCUCAGCGCUUGAUAUGGCCUCAUCAGAGCCCAACAUCCUCUACUUUUCCACGCUGGAUGGGAGUGUCGGCCGGUAUGAUUUAAGAGACCCGAAAUCUGAAGAGCUAUGGACCCUGUCAGAGCAGAAAAUCGGUGGUUUCUCGCUACAUCCCCUACAGCCACAUCUCCUAGCAACGGCCUCUCUGGAUCGAACGAUUAAAAUCUGGGAUCUGCGCAAGGUCAUGGGCAAAGGCGAGCUGCGGCAUCCCGCGCUUCUGGGCGAGCACUCUUCCCGACUUUCUGUCUCGCACGCGUCGUGGAGCGCGGGUGGCCAGCUGGCCACGUCGUCAUAUGACGACACAAUCAAAAUCUACAACUUUGCUGAGGCCGGAAAAUGGCCUCCUGGUCAAGACAUCGAUGAGUCGGAACUUGAGCCUGCUCAUAUAAUUCAGCACAAUAACCAGACCGGGCGCUGGGUGACCAUUCUCAAGCCGCAAUGGCAGCUGCGACCCAAAGACGGUUACCAAAAGUUUGCCAUUGGUAACAUGAAUCGCUUUGUGGACAUUUUCGCGUCAGAUGGAAGCCAGUUGGCGCAGCUUGGCGGUGACGGCAUCACAGCAGUCCCCGCGGUAGCGCAUUGCCAUCCCAGCAUGGACUGGGUCGCUGGCGGUAACGGCAGUGGGAAACUGUGCUUAUGGACGUAA